UUAUCAAGAUAACUAAAGAAGAUGAAGAAAUCGGUUACUAAACGGAUUCGACUUGGAAAAUUUAUGCAAGAACUAAUUUUCCAAUUAGACGGUUAGAUAAUUAAGUUAUAACAAGCUGUGCCUAGAUAUAAGUAGGUAACCUAUUCAAUUUUAUGACAUAUUAAUUGUUUAAUAUAUUGAAAAAUUGGCUGAUUUAUAGGAGUAUAAUAAGAAGACAAAUAAUAGUCGUAAUAACUAAUAAGUAUCUUAUAGGAAAUAUGCGCGUAGUAAAGACGGGUUUGCACUCUAUAUUUUACUUCGUAUGUUUUCUUUUUACUUUAGAAUUAUAAAUUUAGUUUUAAGAAUUCGGGUGUAUGGCUAUUUAUAAGGAAUCAAUAUAAUUAUUAUGAGAAUUACCGAUAAGAGUCCGAAAUUCGUUUCAUAUUUUAUCGAAAUUUUGGGGGGGAAUUAAGUUGACUUUGGCAACAUUGAAGGUUGUACAGUACUCGUCCGUCCAUUUUGAAUCGUUGGCGGAAGGUCGUUGAACAGUCGCGAGUUCCACAGGAAGGUUCCUUAAAUUAUACAGGUAAUCAUUGUAAAUAUUGUAAUAAAAAGUGCACCGACGAAGUGAUGAGCGUGUAAAUAAGUUGGAUCAUCAAAAAUUUGUUCAUUUACGUUCAUAGGUACAGUGAAUUCGCCACCGCCAACCACACCGGACAAGACAAACAACUUUUACAUCGGAAUUGGCCAAACCCCGGAUAAGACUACUUAAUACCCGGACAAGACUACUUCUCGGUAAGUUUUAAACAUCUACAUUGCAGCAAUACAACUUAAUUCUUUAAAACAAGAGAAUGCGAUCGUCAUUUACUUCGAAGUGAGCGACGGCGGCCAUGAUUGUUGUCCAAAGUUUGGGCUAACUUUGGACGUCCAACCAACCAAGGAAAAUUAUCUAAUUUUAGUGAAGUUUCUUUCGAUAUUUAUGAGGAUCACCAUGGAAAUACGGGUCUAUUACGUUCUUUUAUUAAAAUAUUUUAACUUUCUAGAAAUUAACGAAGUGAUAUUUAGUAGAUGAAAAUGGACCCUAUCAUCAUGGUAAUACGGUUCUUAUUAGCGCGGUUUAGAACAUCGGAUGUACAUGGCGGAUUUUAAUAUUUUCACAGUCUAUAAAGGACCUUUUUGAACAUUUUCUAGGGUCCUUAAGAUAUAUAGUUAGGUAUAUUUUUAUUUCAUCAUGCAUCUUAUUGGAAGUUUAGAAAUACAACUUACUUCCUUUCUGAUUGGGUUUGCAGUUUAUAAAAAUAACAAUUGUGCUGUGUGUAUAUAUAAGCUAACAUCUUCUUUACAGGAUAUUGUGGUGACAUUUAAGUGUUUUUAGAUUUAUUAAAUAAGUGUUUCGUGAAGUGUUCCAAUAAUUAAACAAACAAAUGAGUGAAAUAAAACUAAAUAAUUUUUAAAUAAUUAACUAUCAAACAAGUGAAGUAAAAAUAAAAAGUUAAUAAAUAAAUAAACCAAACAAAUAAACAAAAUAAAAACGUUAACUUUCAUCAUUUUGCAAGCGAGCUUAAGUUAGUGACAGAAGAUUUUGUAUUGUGGUACCAGUGUAUAAACGUCAACGUCACUUACUGAUUUUGACAUGACUUAGGCUGCUGUAAUCUAUAAAUGAUAAACAAAGAUUACACAUUCGUAUGUCAGUGUGUAUGUUAUGUUGCCUAUCAUAAAUUUAUUAUUUUACUUCCUUUCAUAAUAAUUUCAAAUAAAAGAAACAUCUGUUCAUAAUUAAGUCAAUUGUUUUAAUUAAUUAAAUUUAAAUGACUUCGACUUUUCUUUCUUUAGUUUCAAACUUGAAUGGAUUUUAGAGAUUUUUAGUUGGAUUUAAAUUUCAAUACUUUGAGAUUAUUAAAAUAAAUAAUAUGUGGAGUUAUUAAAAGUUAAUUAACCUAAAAUAUUAAAUUACUUUAUUGGUGUGACCGUUCAUAUUAUUAGGGAAUUAAGGUUAAACGGGUUUGUUUCUGUGCGUUACAGGCUAGACAAGACUACGGUCUAGACAAACAACAGAAUGGACGACAUUCUUUUAGCAAGGCUUAGGCUCAUUAACGACAAACUCACAACGGACUUAGAAGUAAUUCCGGGUACUGUUAAUUUAGAAAAUUUAGUGCAGGCUCAGAUCACAUACAGUAAAUUAGAAGCAACACUGAAAAGACUUAGCGGAGACCUGACGGAGUACUUUAGGCUGGCUUCGACACCCGCAUCUGAUGAAAUCUGCUUGAUAAGUGGACUUCAACUUCAAGCAGAGGAGACUUUAGCUGAACUUAAGGUGAAGAUUGACCAGAUAUCUACAUCAAGCAAACCAUCAGAGAAGCUGACUGAAGCGAACUCCUCGUGCAGACUUCCUAAGCUCCAGCUGCCGGUGUAUAAUGGGGAUGUACUGGCGUGGUAUGAAUUUUGGGAUGCCUUCAGAAGCAACAUCGAUGCAAGGAACCUGCCGGAUGUUGACAAGCUUUCUUAUCUUAAGACUUCAGUCACGGGAGAUGCCAAAAAAGUCAUUGACGGUCUAGCGACUACAAGCACCAACUAUGCUAUUGCCGUUACGAUACUGAAGGAAAGGUUCGGGAAAACUUCACAUCUUAUAGACGCGCACUAUGCAACAUUAUAUAAAAUUAAGAUGGCCAAAGGCAGUGCGGAUGACUAUAGAAGGACUUUCAACGAAAUCGAAAGGAAUCUUAAGAUUUUAGAAUCACUAGGUGAGAACAUUAACCACAACCAUCUGCGCUUCAUGCUACUAGAGAAGUUUCCUUCUGAUCUAGUAUACGAAAUAAAACUUAAAGUUAAGGAUGAUUCCAUUCAAGAACUGAGAAGCCACCUGGAUAAAAUCAUCACUGCCAAAGAGGACGCGGAAAGGAUAUCGGGUAGGAAACGCCCUCAAGAGACAGAAGCUAGUACGGUCGGGACUCUUCAUGUGAAUGCAAAACGUGCGAGAUACGCAAACCAGUCCCAACUACAACACAGUAACCAGAGUAAACAAAACCAUCAGGGACGCUUUGAUAAGAGACCGGUACUAAAGAAGUUUAAGGGUUUCAAGAAAUAUGACAAUAAAGGAAACAGACCAAACCAAACUUCAACUUCAAACAAAGAUCAGGCAGAAACUCAGCGAAGUACUCCAGGGGCUAAGAAGGGAUUGGUGUGUAUAUUUUGCGAAGGGGGCCAUUAUAAUGAUAGUUGCCCUGAAGCAUCUACUUUAGCAGAAAGGAAGAAACGACUUGCAGGACGAUGCUACAUCUGCUUCAGUAAGAAUCACGUAGCAAAUGCUUGCUGGAGAAAGAGAAGGUGUGCCCGUUGUAAAGGAGAAGUACCGCAUAAUAGAGCAUUAUGUCCUUUAAAUUUUCAGAAGGAUACAACGGAGAAGAGUCAGUCCUGACGGUUCUAGAAGAGGGAAUCACAGCACUCCAAACGGCAACAGUUUAUGCAAGCCCCAUAGAUGAUAAGAAUAAACAAUUUAAAUAUAGGCUUCUUUUAGAUCCAGGUUCCCAACGCUCUUAUGUAACAUUCCGGACUGCAAAGGAAUUAAAACUUCCCGUCGAAGAAGAGAGUCAUCUAGUAGUAUUCACCUUCGGCGACGAUCCUCCCAGAGAGAUACAUAGCCCAAUAGUCACCCUUCAUCUACUAUCUAGAACAAACAAGAACAUAGUAAUACAGGCUAACUGCGUAGAGCAUAUCUCCAGAGGUUAUAUACCUAAUGUCAAGAUGAAGAACUUACCGGAGUCAUAUACACUAGCGGACGACGGGUCGCUAAGCGGACCUGUACAGAUCUUGGUUGGAAACGAAUAUUACUGCAACAUAACUUACGAGAAAAAGGUACAACUGGAUAGCAAUUUGUUUCUAAUCGACUCUGCACUUGGUUGGAUAAUUAGUGGUAGAGCAGAACCACAGCUUAGAGACGAGUCGUACGUAGUGACUUACACUCAGACUUGCAUUGAAACGAAGCUUCAUCAGCCAGAUCCACCUCUUUGUAAUGGAGACAUAAAGAGCCUUUGGGAACUAGAAUGUAUAGGUAUUAGUGAUUCCCCAAGAGCAACUAGAGAAGAAGAAGCCAUCAAAUAUUUUAAUGAUACAACUUUAAAAUUAAAUAAUCGUUACACGGUAAGCUGGCCUUGGAUAACUUAUCCACCGGAUUUACCUAAUAAUUUUGGAAUGGCUUUUGGUCGUUUAUCAAGCUUAUUGAAGCGUAUGGAUCAAGAUACGUUAUUAGCAUACAGCGAUACGUUUAAAGAACAAUUAGAUAAAGGUAUAAUAGAAGUUGUACCUACUUCAAGAACGUCAACGGGUAACGUCGUUCACUACUUACCUUUCCAUGGAGUACGUCACCGAGGAAAACCUAUGAGAAUAGUUUAUGAUGCUAGCUCUAAGAGUAGCAAAGACACCAAGAGUCUGAACGAAUGUUUGUACAGAGGACCACUCAUGUUAGAAGACCUCACUGGCUUACUUAUAAAAUUUAGAACUCAUCGGAUAGGUUUAACCUCAGAUAUUGAAAAGGCGUUUUUACAGAUGGCGUUACACGAGAAGGAUCGUGAUGUAACCAGAUUCUUGUGGCUCAAAGAUACCUCUAAACCGGUAUCUCAAGACAACCUACUAUACCUUAGGUUUUGUAGAGUUCCAUUUGGCGUCAUUUCAUCACCGUUUUUGCUUAAUGCGACUAUUAAGCACCACCUGUCCAACGCAGAAGAUCAGCAAGUCAGACAGAAAGCAAAUGACAUAUAUGUGGAUAACUUUGUUUCGGGUACCGACACUACGGAUGAGGCGAUGAAACUCUACAAAAAUCUAAAAGGAUCUUUUCAAGACAUUUCAAUGUCACUCAGGGAUUGGAGUUCGAAUUCUAGGGAAUUUAUGAAGAAAGUCUCUGAUACAUGUAAAGAAGAUAAAGUAAAGGUACUUGGUUUGGAAUGGGACAUCAAAAAGGAUACUCUCCAGUUGAAACCUAACUUACAAGAAGAAGCUGUCACGAAAAGAGGAAUACUGAAAACUAUUGCAUCAAUCUACGAUCCAUGUGGUUAUGCAGUACCUUAUACCCUAUCAUGUAAACUCUUUUUACAAGAGCUUUGGAAAGCUGGAGUGUCAUGGGACUCACCAUUAUCAAGCGAACUAACGGAAGAAUGGAACAAGAUCCGACAGAACUUAGAAGCCAUUAGGAAGGUGUCGGUGGACAGAUGCUACAUGAAGACACCAGUGGGAAAAGGCUACCAACUACACUGUUUCACCGAUGCCUCUCUACAGGCUUAUGCAGCAUCAGUCUUUUUAGUUUGCGGCUCGGAGAAAAGCUUCAUUAUUGGUAAAUCCCGUCUGAUACCAAUAAAGGAUCAGGAGAGUCUCAAGAUACCCCGUCUUGAACUUUUAGGAGUACUGAUUGGCAGUAGACUGAUAAAGUUUGUUCUUAAGUUUCUCCAGCAGAAGAUAGUAAGGCAAGUCUUAUGGACCGACAGCCAGAUCGUCAUAGAAUGGUGCAAAUCUGACAAGCUAUUGCCACCCUUCGUUGCCAGGCGGAUAGAAGAGAUCAAAACAAAUAAAGAUCUGGAGAUCAGAUACCUUCCAUCAGACCUAAAUCCAGCUGACGUCGGCACCAGACCCACCUGUUCAAGAGAGGACAGGGAGAAAUGGCUGAGUGGUCCACAAUUUAUAGUUCAAGAUCCGAAGACGUGGCCAACAACUUCUGGCGGUGGACCAACCAGUUCUCUCUUGAUUGGGGAGGGUCUUGGGAUCCAAGAAGACGAAGAACUGAUGGAAAUAGUUGAUCCAGACAUACACAAUGUUAGUCCGAUGGAAACGGAGGAGAGUACAACUACAAAGGAAGUAGCGAGUCAAGACAAUGAUCAGAUGCCGGAUCAGUUACUAAAUUUGAAAGAAAUUCAAGCUGAAUACUUUCCUCUAGAGGUAGAAGGAAAGGUAACUAGUCUAAGUUUGAAUUUAGGCGUAUUUAAAGACAUAGAUGAGUUACUGAGGUGUAAAGGUCGUAUGAAACACGCAGACUGGUCAUUUGAUAAACGCUACCCUAUACUUAUACCGAAAGAUUCAGAUUUCACCAACGAAAUUAUAAUGAAGACUCAUCAAGAAAAUAAGCAUGUUGGAGUAAGUCACACGCUAGACAAGAUAAGGGAAACUUACUGGAUACCACAAGGAAGAAGCCAAGUUCAGAAGAUUUUGAGGAAGUGCUCCGAAUGUAUGAAGCAUGACGGAGGGCCAUAUAAACUACCGGAAACUCCUGCGUUACCAAAAGAGAGGGUCAAUUAUAGCUCUCCAUUCACAUACGUUGGUACCGACUAUCUGGGACCACUUCUAGUUAACAAUGGGAAUGGCAAUUGUAAAAGGUGGAUUAGCCUCUACACAUGCUUAGCCGUAAGAGCCAUUCACUUAGAAGUUGUAAAGGACUUAACUGCGGAAGAAGGUUUAAUGGCCUUACGUAGAAUGAUUUCAGCAAGAGGUGUACCUACCUUAAUAACGUCUGAUAAUGCGGCUCACUACAAGUUACUCUCAGAGAUUCUUCAGAACCCAUACUGCGUAGAGAAAGAGAUAAAAUGGAAAUUUAUACCACAAUUAGCACCAUGGCAUGGAGGAUUCUAUGAGAGAUUAGUUGGUUUAGUUAAAAACUGUAUGAAGAAAACAUUACAGAAACAUUUGUUGAAUGACACCCAGCUAGUAACAGCGGUGAAAGAAAUAGAAGCAGUUCUUAACACAAGACCCUUAACUUACGUAGAUUCAGAGCCGGAUCAUGUACUAAAACCUUCAGACUUUCUUACCAUGGGAAAGUGUAUCAUUAUGGAAACUUCAGAUAAGGAUCCUACAACGUCGCAAGGGACGGUGACUAAGGACCACUUAAUUAAAGGUUGGAAGAAAGCACGGAUAAUUCUACGAGAAUUUAAAGAGAUGUUUGAGAACCGGUAUCUCCUAAAUUUGAGAGAAAGAUAUUCCCACCAUCCUAAAGAACCUAGAGUAACAUCAAAGUUAGCACCUAAGAUAGGUCAAAUCGUGCAGAUUAAAGGUGACACGAAGAACAGGAUAAAUUGGAAAGUUGGGAAAAUAGUAUCUUUAAAGGAAGGCGCCGACGGUUUAUGUAGGGUCGCCAAGGUACGAGUAGGAGAUACAGAGUAUACAAGAUCUAUCGCGCAUCUCUACCCGCUAGAGAUCGAAGAUGGAGAAGAGCAGUGCAAACAAACAUCAUCUUAUGACGAAAGUGUUGAAGAACCGGUGCAGCUUCCUGAUCUUCCACGUCCAUCAGGCAAGGAUGACCAGACAGUGGAAUCCCUCAACGACGUUGCUGAGCCUUCAUCUGAGCAGAGAUUCACUCAUGAAGUUAGAGAUCAGCAAGAAGAAGUACAGCCUCAUGCCUCGCCAGUAGAGGGAAAGUGUUCCUCUAAACAAGCGGUUGAGUUUAUGUCUAGUGAGUUAAACGAGCCUAAGCCUAAGUCUAUGUCCGAACCAGAGCCACUCGCGGUCGUCGACCUCGAGUUUUACGACCAGAAUGAUCCCGAGUCACACCACCUAGAGGAAGUUACGCCAGAAGGACAACACGAAGAAUCAAGACCUAAGAGAGCGGCAGCUCUCCGAGCCCUUGAGAAGAUCAAGGAAUGGACCAGCAAUUUAGUCGCCGUGCUGCUGCCUGAGGCGGGGUGUGUCGCGACAGGCGCGAAUAUCUAAUGCCACAAUACGAAUUUCCUAGCGGCAACACUGAACAGCGCCCUCGUGGGUGGAACUGUGAUCUCGGUGGUAUACAACUAGCCGCCAUAAGUAAAGCGAAGCAGAUUGAAGCUCCCCUGGCCCAGGAGAAGUGGAUCAGAGAGAGCGAGGACAAAGAAUCCUUCAUAGGAGAUGAAGGUAUGUAUGCUAAGCAUUCUGUUACCCCUACACCCCCACAUUAACAUAUUAGUGGCCGCCUUUCC